AUGACCAGCCCUAACGGCAGUGACCAAGGUGACUUCAUCCUGCUGGGCUUCUCCGAUCAACCCCAGCUCGAGCCGGUCCUCUUCGUCGUCAUCCUGGCUGCCUAUGUCCUGACACUGCUGGGCAACUCGGCCAUUAUCCUGGUGUCCUGGGUGGACUCCCGGCUCCACACCCCCAUGUACUUCUUCCUGAGCAACCUCUCCUUCCUAGACCUCUGCUUCACCACCAGCUCCAUCCCGCAGCUGCUCUUCAACCUGCGGGGUCCGGUCAAGACCAUCAGCUACUGGGGCUGCGCGCUUCAGCUCUUCCUGUUCCUGGGGGUCGGUGGGGUGGAGUGCUUCCUCUUGGCCGUCAUGGCAUACGAUCGCUUCGUCGCCGUGUGCCGCCCUCUGCACUACCCUACCAUCAUGCACCCGCGCCUGUGCAUGGGCUUGGUGUCCGUGGCGUGGGCGGGUGGACUGGCCAACUCCUUAGCCAUGUCCCCGGUGACCUUUUUGCUCCCCCGCUGCGGGCGCCACGAGGUGGACCACUUCCUUUGCGAGAUGCCUGCGUUGAUCCACAUGGCCUGCAUCGACACCGCAGUGGUCGAGGGAACCGCCUUCGUCCUGGCUGUGGGCAUAGUGCUGGCCCCCUUGGUCUUCAUCCUGGUCACUUACGCCGCCAUCGUCCAUACGGUGGUGGGCAUGGGGUCGAUGACCGGGAGGCGCAAGGCGGCCAACACCUGCGGCUCCCACCUGACGGUGGUGUCCCUCUUCUACGGCAACAUCAUCUACAUCUACAUGCAGCCUGGCAGCGGAGGGGCUCAGAAGCAGAACAAGUUCCCGACGCUCUUCUAUAACAUCGUGACUCCUCUCUUCAACCCCCUCAUCUACACCCUGAGGAACAAAGAGGUGAAAGGGGCCCUGAGGAAGCUCCUCGGCUUGGAACGGGACUCGAGGAAGAAUUGA